CCAGUGGAGCCAGCAUUCUCUUCUCGGCGAUAGCGGUGAUCGGAGUGGAGGAGUGGAGGAGCGGCGAAAUCUCUGUAAGGCGAUGGUUUAGGUGUAGGAAUUGCGAUGCGAUCUGGCGAUCGCGUUCGUCGUAAGGUGCAGAGAAUGCGAGGUUUCAAGCUAGAGUCGUAGGAAUGUAGCUAGGUCAGGGAUUUUUGAUGGAGGAAUUCGGUGUGGUGAUUAUGGAUCGAGGCAGGAUAAAUUCGAGUUUGUGGAGAUCUUGCCAGAGGGAGGUGGGGGAGCUUCGUCGCAGAUCGAGAUGCCUAGCGAUGAAUUUAAGCUGGUGGUGAUGGAUGCCAAGGUGCCGGGGAAGGGGAAGAACAAUGGCAAAGCAAGCGAGCCCGAUUCAGAACGAGUCCAAGUUACGGUGAGAGUGAGGCCUCCUACGAAAGCUGAAGAGACCAAGGAAGAUGGAGUUCCUUUUAUUUUCUUGGACACUGAGAAGAAUGCUGUAAUUGUGAGGCGAAAGGGGAGUUUUGUGGAUUUCACGGAGUUUAAGUUCGAUGCUGUUUUGCCUCCAAGUGCGACGCAAGCUGAUGUCUACAAUGUCUCUGCUCAAGCUGUAAUUCAGGAUGUUCUUGAUGGAUACAAUGGCACAAUUAUGGCUUAUGGCCAAACAGGAGCUGGAAAGACGUACACACUCUCGGACAUGGUUUUUGACGACGUUGGUGGAACUUCGAUUGAAGGAAUUAUACCUCGUUCCGCAGCCGAUAUAUACAUCAGAGCUGAAAGAGACAAAGACCAUGAGUACCGAAUCUCUAUGUCAUAUAUCCAGAUCUAUAUGGAAAUGAUUCAAGAUCUCCUCCGUCCUGAAAAUUCCAACCUCAGCAUUCGCGAGACUGAGGCAGGAGGUAUUUUUGUCGCAGGCAUAGAAGAGGUGCAAGUAAAAUCUAUCGAGGACGUGAUGAAGCUCUUGAUGAUCGGUGAUCGAAAUCGACGCUUUGCCUUCACAAGAUUGGUUCGUCUCUUCGUUCCGAUUAUGUGGAUACAAGUGCCUGAACUACAGAAUGCCCAUUCGUCCCGCAGCCAUACGAUUGCGAUGCUUACUGUUGAGAAGAAGGCGGUAAAUCCUUUGGACGCUAAAUCCUCAGCUGACAAGAAGAAACGAACUCCCAACUCUCAGCCUGGAAUUUCUGAGAAGGUCCUUGUCGGCAAGCUUUUUCUUGUUGAUCUUGCUGGGUCAGAAAGGUUGAAAAAGAGCGGCUCGGAGGGCCUUCGAGCAUCUGAAGCUAUGAGCGUCAACAUGUCUCUCACGGCACUAGGUAAAUGCAUUAGUGCGAGAGCAGAUCCAAGCGUUUUGCACGUCCCCUUCCGGGACUCCAAGCUAACUCGGUUAUUGCAGGAAUCGCUAGGAGGCAAUGCCAAGACGUCAUUAAUCGUCAACAUUGCUCCCUGUAGCGAGUAUCUCCAAGAGACGUUAUCUUCUCUUCAGUUUGGUGCACGGGCGAUGAAAGUAGCCACUCGAGCUAUCAUUAAUGUGGAAGAGGAGUUUCGUUCCAUCACCAGGAACUUGCAAGAAGCACUUGACCUGCAAGACGAAAGGGUUCACUCACUGGAGGCUGCAGUGCAUCAUAAAGAUGCGCAGUUGGAGGCCGCCAAACUAAGUUUGGAGCUCAAAACCAGAGAGAUGGAAAGAUUAAGAGAGGAGCAAAAGCUUCGGGACGAACAAGCUCACCGGAGUGAAAAGUUUUUGGAGCAACUAAAAGUCAAAGACAAGGAUUGGCAAAACAGAUUAGAGUUGAUCAAAAUAGCAGCGAAGGACCAUCUCAUUGAAAAAGAGAACGAUCGCAUGGACGACGCGGCUCGCAGGAUCCAGAAAGCUUACAAGAAGCAUUACGUGAUGCAUAUUUUGGAGGAGAAGCGAAAGGUAGAACUAGUUGCUGGGUCGAUGCUCUUGGCAAACUCCGCGUCCAAAGUUUUAAAAUCCAUCUCUACGCUGGACGAUUACUUCACAGCAAAGAGAGGGCUUUGCUGACGAUGAUGUGUUGCUGGACGCCGUCCGAUCUUCAAGUGUUUGGAGGGUGGCCAUUAUUUUUAAGCUCUCUCUCAUUCUCGGCAAGCUCUCUCUCGGCUCUUGGCAAGAACACUAUCUCUCCAUAUGGUGGAUUUGCGAUUCGAUUAGUCUCGGAAAAGAGAUGGUUUUUAAUAGAAGCACAAAAAAGAACGAGUACUCUA